GGGGAGGGCGAAUAGAAGGGGGGAGAGAUCGGAUACAGCAAGAGCAGUAGUGUUUGCGUCUGCCGGAGCCGGACAGACCGAGCGAGGCAGCCGCUCCCGCGAAGCUCCUGCACCGGCGCCUGGGAGGUGAAGCGGGCGGUGCUCGCUCGGGGAAGAGACCCUUUAGCCGGCCGGUGCCCGGUGAAGAGACCCCGGACCCCGUUACCCAGUUUAGGGAGCCCGGUACCCGUUGUCCAGUGCCCGGCUCCCGCAUCCCCUGUGCUCGAUUCCCCGGUGUCCAGUGGCCGGCGGGUUCCCCGGUUCCCCGGUGUCCAGUGGCCGGUGGGUUCCCCGGUUCCCCGGGUCCAGUGGCCGGUGGGUUCCCCGGUUCCCCGGUGUCCAGUGGCCGGCGGGUUCCCCGGUUCCCCGGUGUCCAGUGGUGAUGGGGUGGCGGGGCAGCGGUGCCGCUAGCUUGGCGCUGGGACUCGGGGCGCUGCUACUCCUCGCCGCGGCGCUGGGCACCGACCACUGGUACGGCACCGACACCCGGCGGCACCGGCAGGGUUGCGGCGGUCGCCUGAUGCCGCUGCGGGAACCCGAGCCCCCGGGCGCCGCCGCCGCCGCCGCUGCUGCCCCGCCCGACAACUGGCGCUCCGGUCCCGGUCCCGGUCCCGGUCUCCUGGAGUCGGACUGUGCGCGGCCGCUGUUCGCCACCCACACCGGGCUCUGGAGGAGGUGCUACUACCUGGGAGUGGACCCCGACAUCGACCACCUGGUCUCCAGAGGUAUUGCGCAGAGAUGCACAGCUGUCAAAUAUCACUACUCACAGCCCAUGCGUCUGAGAAACAUUCCCUUCAACCUGACCAAGACCAUCCAGCAGGAUGAGUGGCAUUUACUGCAUCUGAGGCGGAUCACGGCGGGGUUCCUUGGAAUGGCUGCUGCCGUCCUGUUCUGCGGCUGCAUCGUGGCUGCCAUGAGCUUCUUCUGGGAGGAGCACCUCACUCAGCAUGUGGCCGGUCUCCUCUUCCUAAUGGCAGGAAUCUUCUGCACCAUCUCUCUGUGCACCUUUGCCGCCAGCAUUUCCUACGACCUGUUGCGCCAGCCGCGGUUUAUCUACGGGCUCCCCCGCGACGUGGACCAUGGCUACAGCUGGUCCAUUUUCUGUGCCUGGGGUAGUCUGGGGUUGGUGAUGACAGCAGGCUGCCUGUGCACAGCCUUUCCCUUCCUCGACAGAAAGAAGACAAUGCAUCAGAAGUCCAUCAGAGAUUCCUCGGUCUGAAAACAUGCUGACACACUGAUGUUACUCUCAGCACAACCAACGUUCCUCCAGUCCGGUCUCACGUUGGAGAUGAGACGUACGAUCAUGUUCUUGUGAUUUUCUGUAGGUUUUACCACGGAUUAUUACUUAUGAUAGGUCUCUGCCCCAUCUUUAAAACACUAAUUUUAGAGUGUUUAAUUGUUAUAUGUGCCGAUAAUCAAAUCAAUUCUUACUUGCAGCAGCACAACAGAUCUGUAAACACAAUACUCAAUGAUAACAUAAGAAAUAAAAUAUUAAAUAAAUUAAAAACCCCAAUGUUAUUGUAAAAAGUCUUUAGUGCAACCAAGACAGUUUGUAAUUCAUAGUUGAGGUUAGUGUUGUGCGGUGAUCAAGAACCUGAUGGUUGUUGGGAAGAAUCUGUUCCUGAACCUGUAGGUCAUGGUUUUCAGGCUCCUGGACCUUCUUCCCGAUGGUAGCAGUGAGAUGAGAGCAUUGGGUGGAUUUGUUGCAAGAACUGCAAUGUGAAGCUGUCAAAUAUAAAAAGGAUUUAAGUAGCUACUAACUCUAUUUUCCAUAACUCGAUAUAAAACACUAGCCUGAAGAAAUGGUGUCUGUCCAUGCCCUCCAGACGCUGCCUGACCUGCUGAGUUGCUCCAGCACUUUUGGCUUUGCUCCAGAUUCCAACAUCUGCAGUUCCUUGUGUCACCACAAAAUCUAAUCAACAAGCAACAUAUAAUAUUUUAUUUUGACGACACAAACGACUGCAGAUGCUGGUUUACCAAGAGUUUAUCUGAGUUACUCCAGCACUUUGAUUAUUGUAUUUUCGAUCCUUUCUGCCUCCAGCAUUCUGGUACAACAGUAAAAGUCCGCACAUGCUAGAAUUCUAAAAUAUAAAUAGAAAGUAGAAACAAGAAACUGCAGAUACUGGUUUACAAAAAAAGGCACAAAGUGCUGGACUAACCCAACUCCAACACUUUGUAUCUUUUUGUAUAUAUUUAAAAAGUGUUGGAAACACAC